CUUCUUGAUGGUGCGGUGUCCAAAACAUGCCUUAGCUUGCUCGUCAAACCCCACAGGAAGGGGAUAUUAGCUAAUCCAGCUCGCUGCUGGCAUUAGCUAACAGUUAACUGCUCGGCUUGCUUUCUGCUAGCUAAAGACGUGAACAGUAUGCGGCUUUGCUGUCGUUUAAUCUUCGUUUGAGACCUUAUUUAGUCGAGAUGUUGUCAGGUUAUCCAGCCAGGGGAGAGCUAAUUAUAGCGCCUGUCCGUCAUCCUGCUGCUUCACGCUAACUCCUCGACUGUCUGCUAACAUUAGCCGCCUCGAAAACAACUGGUAACCUAGUGCUGUCAGAGUUAAAUUUAGCGUUAUAUCAAUCCAGUCAGUUAGUCGAUUCACCGUUUUGUAAACUCUGCUCUUCUCGUUUUUCAUCGGUUCUGAAAUGUGAAACGUUUGUUCAUGUUGCUAGUUUCGGAAAGCACCGCGCUCUUUGGCUAGCUGAAUGUAAUGUCUCGUGCACUGUUAAACGCGCUCGUGUUAAAGCAAGUUAUAUUGUCUUAAUUUACGUUUCCUCUACAACGACUGGACGAUUACGGUCAUGCAGCUCCAUAAUAUGUUUAUUAUGUUAAUCAUUAAUUAAUGACACGACUAUUCGUGCUUAGUUUAUUAUUUAUUCAGGAAAAGCUUCUUUAGAACCGUGUAGUUAUAGUGAACUCUGGGGUAACUUCAAUGUAUCGCUGUACUGGUAGAAGCAGGUGGAAGGGAAUGUAAAACUACGAACUAUUAUUUUCGAUUUGUCAACUGUUAAUCAAGUGUUGAGUCUAUGCCGUUCUAUCUGUCACAGGUAUUGUCUUGUUUGAACAACAGUACAACUACAAAUAUAUUCAGUUUACACAACUGAGAAAAGCAGCACAUCCAGAUAAUAUUAGAGGCUGGAACCAAGUAAAUUUGAAUUUAAAAUCAGUUUUUGGUAGUUAAUUUUCUGUUGAUCCACCAAUCAGGUAAUCGAAUAACCGUUUCAUCACUUCAUUUUUAUUGUGAUAACAACCGGAUGCAUGAUGUGAGGUGUGUAAAAACCUUUUGACACCUGAAUACGGCUGCUGAUAUGGUGGACCAGAGAUUGACGCUCAGGAGCCCCCAGUCUCACCUUUUUAUGAGAGCCUGGGGAAACUUUUGCCAUCGAUUAUGGAUCUAGAUUUUCUUCUAUGAGAUUCUGAUUUCACAGCUCUUCAAUCAAACAGCUGUAAGGAACAUGGAGCGAGAAGCAGCUGAAAAGGAGAUGGAUGGCGUUACAGAUGCUGAUGAGGAGAUCCCUGAUGGUGAUUCCAUCUCAGUAGCUGAGUCUAAUCAGUGGGAGGCCAAACAGACUGAUGAUGAAUGUGAGCAGGAGGAAAAAGAAGCCUUUCUCAAAUCUCAGGACACCCCAAAUCCAGCCCCUCAACAAGACUCUAGAAUUGGUGAAGCAGAGUAUUGUGGAUCUACAGAGGCCAAAGAGGAUACGGAAGAGGCUUCAGAUGGGUUUGAGCAUGACGAUACUGCAGAUCAUGAGAUCCCACAUGUUAUAAAUCAAGAAGAGGAUGAAGCUGCGAAGGAGCAGCACAUGAACGGGGAGUCUGGUUGGAGGAACAUGGGGCCUGGACGGAGAUGCAAAUUGAGGCUCAGUGGAUCAGUUUCAGAGCAGAGCAGUCAAAGUGCAUUCUCCUCCAUUCAAAAAGUCAAUGUAAUGUCGAGUGGUGGGCGGCACAAGCAGACCCGCAGACGUAACCACCACCACCAUCAGCAGAACCGAGGCCGCAGGCGGACAGGCAACCAGCUCGUCUUAGCUUUCAAGGAGAUGCUCUCAGAGUCUCUGAGCUUCUGGUGCAUCUCCUGCGUCCACAUGAUGAUUGAGAUUAUUGUCACAUUAACUCACAAUUGUGGAGUUGGUGUGGAGACUGGAGGGGUGAAACUAUACAACUUUGGGCAGCAGCUCCUUGUAAAGAUCACGGAUGUAGGAGGAAUGAAGGCGGACGCUAGUCGGAUUCUGAAAUGGACUAAAUGCACAGGAACAGACAUGGUGGAUAAAAUUGUUCGGUCAGUAAAGUGGGUAAAAACAGCUGCCUUAUCUUUUUUGAGACUUUUCUGCGCUUUGGUCAUUCUCUGCUUCCAGUGGGCAAAAUGUGCAUUCGUUCGUCUUGGUGGAGAGAGAGCAAAAUGCUAUUGGACAGCUUUUCAGGAGUCACGGUUUUGGAAGAGGGUAGUGUCCCUGCUGGAGAGAGUCCGAAGCAGGUUUAGGAGGCAUGGCCAUGUUCCACCGUCAAGCCCUGAAUCACCUGGCAGAGCAGGGAGAAGCCAGCCAGGCCAGGAGCUGGAGAGACUGCUGGCCUUGGCUGAGGUACCAGAGGAUGAGCUUGACCCCUUUACGGUGCUCGGUGUGGAGGUGCAUGCCACUGAGGCUGAACUAAAGAAGGCCUACAGACAGCUGGCUGUCCAGGUCCAUCCAGACAAGAAUAAACACCCACGAGCUGGAGAGGCGUUCAAAGUACUGAGGGCUGCCUGGGAUAUCGUCAGUAACCCAGAGACACGACGAGAGUAUGAGUUGAAGCGUAUGGCAGCAACCGAGCUCUCAAAGUCCAUGAAUGAGUUCCUCACUAAACUGCAGGAUGACCUGAAGGAAGCCAUGAACACCAUGAUGUGUACCAAGUGUGAAGGCAAACACAAGCGGUUCGAGAUGGAUCGUGAACCUGCAGAGGCCCGGUUCUGUGCUGAGUGCAACCGUUGCCAUAGUGCUGAGGAGGGGGACCUGUGGGCCGAGUCCAGCAUGUUGGGCCUACGUAUCACAUACUUUGCCUGUAUGGAUGGCAAGGUGUUUGAUAUUACAGAGUGGGCAGGUUGCCAGCGAAUAGGCAUUUCUCCUGACACGCACCGAGUGCCCUAUCACAUCUCUUUUGGUUCAAAAAACAACAGCAACUCCACAAGACACAGGACGCCCUCAGAGAACGCCACAAGUCCGACCAACCCUGCAGAUUUGCAAGACUUCUUCAACCGCAUCUUCAAGGGAGGACCUCCUAACGACAUGGCUGCCAAUGGGGGCUUCUUCCCUUCAGGUGCACCCCCUCAUCACGCAUCUGGAGCUGGACCUGGAGCUGGACCUGGACCUGGAGCUGGACCUGGACCUGGAGCUGGACCUGGAGCUGGAGCUGGACCUGGAGUGCCCCCCUUCUCCCCUCCCCCGAGCCAGACAGGUUUCUAUAAUCCGGGGGUUCAAAGGCCAGAGUCCAGCGAGACGUGGGCUGAAAGUGGCAAACCCCCCAGAAGGAGGAAGAAGGUCCGCAAACCCUUCCAGAGGUGAAGUCUGUUGACCUCCUCAGUGUAUUAACAUAGCAACACAGAGACACAAUACAUAAUGGCCAUGUUUGGAUCUCGCCUGCCUGUUUGCCAAGAUCUGAACUGGAGAUAAUUUGUAAGGCUGUGGUCAGAUCAGCCAGAGGAGCGAGAGAGAGACAGUAUCAUGAGGAGCCUGUUGACUGAACAAGUAUUGAAGGAGGGUUGAAGAGGUGAUGGUGACGGUGCUUUACCUCUCAUGUCACCUAAUUUUUUUUUUGGUCUUGACAUUAGCCUUGGCAUUGAAAUCCUUAUUAGGAUACUGUAAUGAAACGUUUUCCUUUCAUAAAUUCCUGCCAAAUCCUACAAUGCAUGAUUUAUUCACUUGCAUUUUAAUACUUUUGGUUUACUCACCUUUGUUUUUUUGUACACAGUUAGAUUACGGCGUUGGUUCCAGACAGAGUGACACCUGAGGAGAGAGUUAUGGAUCCUUUUAGUCAACAUAAUGAAGUUAAUGCUUCACUUUGGUCACUAUAUUUCAGGAAUGAAUGGAAACUAUUUAAACUCAACACAUUUGAACUAAAUUUAAAGAAAAGUGCAGAAAAUAGUGUUUAGAGAGAGCUCUGUGCUUUAACAGUAAAAUCAGAGGGUCAAGAGUGAAUCUCUGGUCGUGUCUACAGAGAGAGAUUUCACACUUAAAUAAAAGUUACCUAAACCUCUCUUUUCAAGAGCCAAUGAAAAUGAUAGAGCAUUUUUUUUGUUUUGAGCUAUACUGAUUCUAACAUGCUAAACCUGCCUGCUGUUUAUUGUUUCAGGUUCAAAUGUAAAAGCAGGAAUGAGUUCAGUUGUGUUUCUGUUAUACUGAACACCAGCUGAGGAUGUCUCAACUUUAAAGUGACACCUUGACAUUUUGAAAUGUUGAUAUUUCUCUGUGCCAGGAUUCAUUGGUAUUUUGAAGACCACAUAUAAUUGCUCUACACUGCCCCCUGUUGAUUCACAGUGUAGCGAAACAAUAGAAACAUUAAAUACUGAAGCAAGCCUGGACUGUAUGUAACCUUACAAUGCAGUCAAAUAUAUUUUUUCCCCAAUCAGCAUUACUUUAAUUAGUUAAUUAAUGACUUUGACAGAGAGCCUUGAAUAAGCGGACAUUUAAAAACAUCAUGCAAUUUGCAACAUUCAAUAGGUUCCUUUUAUAUAGUUAAUUUGAGAAGUUCAUGCUGCUACUGAAAAAAAUAUACAUUCCACAGUUAUCUAAAACAAGAUCAUUUUGUAUCUUGUUUUCAGCCGACCGCUUACAAAUACAAUAAAUAAUCUUAUUAAGGUUUUGCAGGCAAGGGUUUUCUAAUACUUCCACCAAAUGUGGUUCAGCUUUCAAAAUGUCAAAGUCAUAGGUUCACAAGAAAUCAAGUCUAAAGCUAAACUGGUUUCCUUGCGUCACUAUGUAACAACAUGCAGGGGGCAGAAAAAUGAUAAUUGGUUGUAUUUUGGGUUUUGUUUCUUGAUAUGGUUCUUGCAUAGAAAUAAUUUAAUUUCAUCAGAGGUUAACACAACUGAGCUGUUAUUGUUUACACCUGGUAUGUGAAGAUUGUGAGUGUAGUGAAAUGGCAAAUGUUUGCGUUAAGGCAUUUGAUAAAAGCUAUUUUUUAUAUUGACAGUUAAUGUUCAAUGUUUUUGUUGUGUUGAUCUGCACACCCACCCCUGUAUUAACAUCAGAGGGAUUUUGAACAGUCAUCAGCGAUUUAGUCGAAGAAGACUCCUGCGGCUGAGUGGGAGGUGUAGACAGCUCAUUUGUAAAUUAAGAUAUUUUUUGGUAGAAUCUAAAUGUUAAAUGAGUAACACAUUUUAUAAAAUUCUGGAGAAACCCUGCUCUCAAACAUGGCAUUGUGAUGCAUUAUUUUUUCUGGUAGUUUGAAAAGCUAAAUCUAUGUUGGAAGUGUUCUUUGAGCUCAUUGAAGCAGGACAUAAUGUUUGACAUGUUUCCUUUUUUCUUUCAUGUGUGCGUUUAACCAGUUUCCCAGACUGGAACUCUAAAUGUAAUAAUUGACCAGGGUUAAAGUUGGAUUAUUACUGAGUGAUAAUCAGAAAGAAUUCAACAAUUACUUGUCACAAAUUUGGGUAAUUUGUUCCAGAUAUUUUUUUAGACAAUGGUUUUCCAUCUUAAAUACUCAUUUAGGCACAUUUGAAUAUCUUAAUUUCCUGCCCACCUUCAGAAAAAAAACGUUUUUAGAUCGUUAUAAAUGGUCAAAUAUCUAACUCAGUCCCCAUCUGGGAAACUGGAUUGACAACUGGAACCACGUUGAGCAGAAUGUGUUGUUUUCCACACCUUGACUUGAGAAUGUACAAGGAUGUAUGUUAAAGGUAGCAGGUCGAGGUCAGUGAAAGCCAACACUUCAGAUUGUUUUUCUUCUUUUCUUUCCAAGUUAACAGAAUAUGCAGAAGUAUUGCAAAAAAAAUAUCUGACAAUCAUCAGGGUUAUGAGCCGAGUUCCCUGGCUGGCAAACAGUUUUAAGAUAUGACUGUUGGGUUUCUUUCCCCCGCUUACUCUGGUUUUCAAAAUAAAGAGGAUUUCCUAUAUGCA